AUGAAUCUUUCUAAACGGAACGGCGCCCUGCGCGUGGUGCAUGGAAAUUCAAACCCCCAAUUAGCCGAGGAAAUCUGCGCGUGUCUUAGAAUUCCCGUGACGGCUAGCCAUGUGGGCACCUUCGCAAACGGCGAAACCUGUCUAAAGGUGCUCGAGUCCAUCCGCGGUGAUGACGUCUUCGUGGUGCAGCCAACGUGCUCCAAUGGUACCUGCAAUGUAAACCAGGCCGUAAUGGAGCUCCUGCUUAUGAUUCACACGCUGAAGCUUUCCUCGGCGCGUCGUGUGAUCGCCGUCGUUCCACACUACGGCUAUGCCCGACAGGACCGCAAGCACGUCGGGCGUGUCCCCAUUAGCGCCUCUGCAGUGGCGAAGAUGGUCACGGAGCUGGGCGUUAACGGCGUUCUGACCAUGGAUCUUCAUUGCGGACAAAUUCAAGGUUUCUUCCACGGCUGCCCCGUAGCGGAUUUGAACGCGACCACCGAGUUCUCUGACUACAUCAAGCAAAAAGGCCUGGAUACCGACAAAUUGGUCGUGGUCGCACCGGAUGCCGGGGCGGUGACGCGCGCUCGGCGGAUGGGAGAUCGCAUCAGGGCGAGCAGAAUCGCCACGAUUCUCAAGCGCCGCGUGGUUGCGAAUCAAGUGGAAUCUAUGCAGCUCGUGGGCGAGGUUGACGGCUGUGUGUGCGUUAUCGUGGAUGACAUGAUUGAUACCGCCGGGACGCUGUGCAAGGCGGCGGAGUUGCUGAAGGAGCACGGUGCCAAGCAGGUCCUGGCCUACGCCACGCACGGGAUCUUCACGGACCCGGCCUGUGAAAGGAUCACCAAAUGCGACGCCUUGGCGGAGGUGGUGGUCACUAACACAAUCCCACAAGAGCAAUCCACCGCAAAGUGUGCAAAGAUAAAGGUGAUUUCGAUAGCUCGACUGCUAGCAAACGCCAUUCUCCGGCUACACUCAGAGGAAAGUCUCGAGAAGGUUGAGUUGAUCACUAAGCAACCCUUGUAUCAGGACCUCCAGCCGCUAGAAUCGUUAGUGGAGGACGAUCAAUGGCCUCAGGUCCAAGAAGCAGACCCUGAUGUGAUGCUCUAA